ACGAUUCUCGAGCUCGCGCUAGGCUCAUGGAGUAACUGGCCGUCCAGGCUCCGAAGUUGUGUGCUAUCAUUGCUGUUGUACGUGUAUAUAUGUGUGGUUCGGCGCAAUCAAAACCGUUGCAAUCAAGCAUGCAGACGGUGUCUCCCACUUCAAGCUUGCCACUUUUGGGUUCUUGCCACCUAAUUUAGCAAAUUGGAACCAAUUCCUCCUCUGAGCUGUUCACCCUGUACAAGGCACGCAUACCCGUUGGUAAACACAAGGAUAAUGUCAGAUACUGAGAAGAGAUUAGAAGCACUACACCCAAACUCGCUUUCCGAAGACUCUACAGAGUCAAACGUUCGUUAUGCGGCUUACGCAAACCGGUUAAGAACCAUUCUGCUGGCUUCUCACCGUUACGUUGCCUAUACAAGCGACAUUGGUGAGUCCUUUAGACCUGCUGUCCACCCGACUUGGGUCAAGGCCUGCUAUGGUAUCUCGUGGACAUAUGUCUUGGGAGAUGUUACCUACGAGGCGUGGAAGGCGAAGCUACGCCAGCAAGGCCAGUAUCUUCCACACCUUAAGCCCUGGGACCCAUUGCCUGCCGUGGACCCACAGGCAAAGGCAUUAGCGCAAAAUGAGUUGGACUGGAGGCUCGUUGGUCUGAAGAGAGGUUUGUUCCAGAGUAUCGCGUCCAUGGGGUUGCCAGCCUUCACUAUCCAUACUGCAGUGAGAUACGCCACUAAAUAUGCCGAUAAGAACAUUAAGAAUGCAUUGCUGAGACAAUGGGGACCGAUUGGAUUGGGCUUAGGUAUAGUCCCAGCGUUGCCAUACCUCUUUGACAAGCCUGUUGAGCACAUCUUGGACUAUACCUUUGGCGAGAUUCAAAAGUACAACAGCAAGUCAAAACUAGAGUAGCCUAAAGUAUACAAGCAGAAUGAAAACAUU